CACAACAAAGCUAAUCCCAACGUCUGCCCUCUGAUCGUGUCUCUCCUGCGUUCACCAUGGCGUCCAUGUGGUCGUCCUUCACCUACGUGCUACUUCCCCCUGCGGUGGUUCUCCUGCUCUUGAUGACUAUCCCGUUCCCGGGACUCAUGCUCAACCGCGGCAUCGUCAAGUUCGGCGACGUUGUAUUCAACAUCCGCAUCGGCACACUCAGCGUCUUCUCUGUCAUCACGUUCGUUUCUUUCGUCGUACUCGUGGCGCAAACCUACGACUUGCAGAAGCGCUACUCGCUGCCCAGUGACCCGCAUAUUGAGGCGCACUAUUCGGCGGAUCUUCAGAAGAAGGCGACGCGUUGGCGAUCGGAGCGCAACUGGUGGAUCAGUGCACUCACCUUCACAAUCUACUGGAUGCUGCUACGUUUCCACGCCAUGAAGAAGAAGCUACUGAAGGCGCAACACGAGGAUUAGGUUGACGCACGUAUAGCUACUCUACUUUGCUCAUUACACCAUCGCUGAAUCUUUUUGAUAAAUUUUCGACAUGCUCAUAACGGCAGCAGCUCGAUGCAAUUUUUCUCGCAGAUUCGGGCUUCUAAUUUCUUGAAACAUGUUCACUAUUUGCAAUUUU